UUCAAGAAAGGAAACCUCCGGUCAAGAUUUCAAAGUUGAAUCAAGGCCUCCGUGAAACAUCGCCGGCCACAAUGUGUGUUCUCGACACAUUCUACUCGGGCUCGUCGACUAAUAAACCCCGAGGCAUCAAAGCUCGGCACCCAUCUUGCAGAGCUCGGCCACGCGUACGCCCUACUAAAGCCGGCAAGAAAAAUCUCCGUGCGUCUAUCGCCCACCGCGGCUCCCACUCGACUCGGCACCUCGAAGCACAUCUUAGGUUCAAAGUUUCUAGUGUCAUCUGUGCUCCUCGAGAAACAGUUGCCCGCUCGAAGCCGGACGCGACAAGGUGUUCCCAGCUGCUGGCCGUCUAUCCAGCGAUCAUACUGCCCGUCUCUCGGUAUUUACGACCUGUUUGCUCGCCAAGACUGUCGUUCUGCCUCGCAAAUUUGCUCGGUCUCGCUCCUUGUCGUGUUUCAUGGCAUUGCACAACGCGUAAUGAUGGGAUUGAUUGUGCGCCCGUCAUGGACUUGGCGUAAUGCAUGCCGUGCGCUCCCUCUCUUGUUUGUGAGGAGUAAGCGGAGUUUUUUUCUAGCAAUGGUUCACCUAUGGGCCUCUGGGCUUCUUGGCCUACCAUGUUUCCUGGCGACAUCACUUUGUUGUCAUUCGUACUCGGACAGAAUCCAAAGUAUUGGACUAUGGUGCCAAUAGCUGGGAUUUUAAUACGGUCUCUUCUGUGCUAGGCCAACUUGAGCCUUGUGUCCUUCGGACCAUUUGGGGCGCAGGUUGUAGAGUUCAAUGGUGCGGCCGUCUGA